CUCUGCACCCUUCAGGAUAUUUUGAGAUCUUGUUGCUUCGCUAUAACUCUUGUUGGAUCCUUCUCUGCUGUCCAACAAAAGCCUUGGGAUUUCCUUGUGCUUUAAUAAUUGUUGCAUUUCCUUCUCAUCUUCUCAGGCGAAUCCCAUGGCCUUCCCCAAGACUUAGAAAGAUUAUGGAGGGGUUCAUUGGUGACAAUGCCUCUGCUAUUGACAGAUUUAGGCAACUGCAAAGGCCGGAGAGAGUCGAUGUGUUUCAAGGUGCGGCCCUUCUUUUCCUCUUUGACUGAUGUGUUUCAAGGCCACAAAACAGGUUUGAACCUCCAAGAAAAACAAUUUAGUUUGGAAGCCAAUUGGAGAUCUAUUUCAGUUCUCUCAAUGCAAUCUGAUGCACAUGCUAUUAUCGAUAUUGAAACUUCACCAUCAACAGAAGUGGGAAAAUCCAACUUGAUCAAUUCAAAAGCUACAUCUGAGAAACAGCCGUCUGUAAAAUCAGAAAUGUUUGAAGCACCAUCUAUCAUGACAUUGGUAGAACCUAGGGAUGCCGCUAGUCAUAAAGCACCUGCAUCUGAAGACAAAAAGUGGAAGAAUUCGAGUUCCACUUUGCAGGCUUGUUGGUUUACCUCUCAAACUCAGGUCAUGAAUAAGUCCCAAGCGAGAAACAAGAAUGAAGAGAUAAUAGCAAAGGUCACAAACUGGAGCACCCCUAAGGAGCACACCCCUCUGAAGAGCCUCUUAGGUGAGGCUGCUCACAGCCACAGCCCAAGUUCUCCAAAAUUAGAAGAAAACUUGGCAAGCAGAAAGAAUGGUAAACUUCCACAAAAUAAUGGUUCUGGAUUGACAACUGUUAACUCCAUUCUAGGUCCUGAUUCGCCUUCAGCUCAAGCUCUGAUAAACGACGCUGCAAAAGAAUGGAACUCACCGGCAAGAUAUCCUACAAAAAUGAAGAGGGAAAAGAGGAAAGCCAAGAGCAGACCAUAUUGGAUACAAUUAGUAUGUUGCUCAUCAGUGGAUCUUCAGAGAAAGCAAAAAACUGCCAUAUGAUGGUUAUGGUUAUAGUUAUAGUUAUUUUCAUGCUAUUUGGGGUAUUGUCUACUUCUAGAGUUGAGAUACAUCUUUUGAUCAUGCGUCUCAUUCUAUUGAACUGGGUAGCCUCCUAGAAGUUUGGUUGUAUAUUUGAAGCAUGUUCAGUUGCCAUUACUGUUUGUUAUUUUAAUGUAUCAUUAUCAUGGCUUUGGUGCCUUGUUAUAUAUUGAAAAUUAAGAAAACGUUGUGAUCUUGUGAGCUUUACAAGUAGGGAGGAUUUUAGUCCGAUAUGUAAGGACUCAACCUUUUA